GAAGCCCAUCUGUUCACCGAGGCCUGAUUCUAGAAUCCUGUGCUUCCCUUUCUCCCAUGUUUUCUCCCCCCAUGGAUUCUCAGCUUCCAAGCUUCAACGAGAGACGGACUGUUUGUUCACAGCAACAGAAGCCAUCGUCGUCUCUCUUUUCCGACUGGAACUCCUACGGCCUCGUCCAGAAACGGGGAGGACGAAUGCAGCGGAUCGUCAGGGCCGUCCCAUAAUAUUCGGAGGCCCUGUUCCAAAAUUAAAAAUGUGGCCCUAAAUUUUUUUCCGUAAAAUUUAUUAAAAAUAAAAAUUAUUACGCUUAGAAGUUAGAACUACCUUAUUCAAAUUUUCUAGUUGACAUAAUUAAAGUUGUUACCAAAAAUUAAUGAUUACACUCAGGCAAUAACCACUCGAAAAUCAAAUAGUACUAAUCCAAAUUUCCAAGCAAAAUCCCUAAAAAAAUAAACAAAAAUUUGGUUAGAAUACAUGACCACUCUUCCCAAUAACAAAUUAGGCAGAUUCACUCGCCCAAAUGACCAGUCUGCCAAAAACAAAACCCUGCAAAAAAAUAAACACAAAUUUGGUAAAUGGUUACAGUGCAAGCCCAUUCGGAUUCAUUCCAAAUUUCAACCUCCAGGCCCAUUCGGAUUUUGGUCGGCCUGGCGGUUCCAUUGCUUCUCCUUCUCCAACUCCAUGACUCCAAACUCGCCAUUCUCAAGCAGAAGCAGAGUAUCAAGGUGGGACGUCGGAGGACCGACUCUCCAGAGUCCAGAGGCAGCACGCUAAACAUCAACAAAAGACAAGAGGAAUUCUUACGGAUUGGCAAUUACCGAGCGACGGCGUAAAGACUGAAGUCACCAAGACGCCAAGUCGAAACCAGGGGAAGGCGAGCGGAAUAGGGAUUGUCGUAUUGAUUUUGAUUUUCGGCUAAUCGGCUGCUUCAGGAGGUGAUUGAUUUCGUAAAGGAAUGAAAAUGCGAGGAAGAAUCUGGGUUGGGCGGUUUUUAAGGAGAAGGAAUUAGAGAGUAGAGACGUAAAGCAAUAAACAUUGAUUAUGAAUUGAAACGUUGGUUUAGUGACGUUGGUAUCUUUUGGGAAGGUGAGAUUUUUGGGGAAAGGAUUAAUGAUUGAUUAUUUUGGGAAGGGAAGGGGAGAUUAAGAGGCGGAGCAGUGGAGGAGAUUUCUGGGGAAAUGAUUGAUGAUUUUGGGAAGGGAAGGGGAAGUUAAGAGGCGGAGCAGAGGCCUCUACGUUUCCUAAAAAAAAUUAUAUAUGUGUAUUAGGUAUGGGCUUUGAGGCCCCAAAUAUUUUGAGGCCCUGUGCUGUGGGUCAGACCAGCACAGGGCCUGGGCCGGGCCUGCGGAUCGUCUCUUGGGGGUUCGAUCUAGAAUCCGCCCACAAAACGUAUCGGGGACCUUCACUGUGUGAAUGUCUUUCCUGCUAGUUUUCUUAUUGUAAAUUUGUAAUCGUCGACCUGUUCUGAUCAAGUUUUGAUCUUCUUCCCCCUUUUGCAACUCAAUUGGGAUUCAUUUCAAAUUCAGUUAGCUUGGCCGUAAAUGUUUCCAGAUGAGGGGAAGGGAGGUUGCGUUGGAAUCGUGAGACCGAGAGGAACGCCAUAGAGUUGGAAUUUGCAAGAAAAAAGGUCUCUAAAGAAAUUUCAUUUUUUCACCAAAUAGGCUUGUGGGCUCACGAAAAGUUUGGUUUAAAGUGCAAUUUCUCAUUGCACCGAUGACCAAUGAGGGGAAGGGAGGUUGCGUUGGAAUCGUGUGACCGUGAGGAACGUCAUUGAGUAGGAAUUUGCAAGAAAAAUGGUCUCUAAAGAAAUUUAAUUUUUUCACCAAAUAGGCUUGUGGGCUCACGAAAAGUUCGGUUUAAAGUGAAAUAUCUCAUUGCACCGAUGGUCAAUGAGUGGAAGGAAGGUUGCGUUGGAAUCGUGUGACCGAGAGGAAUGCCAUAGAGGUGGACUUUGCAAGGAAAAAGGUUUCUAAAGAAAUUUCAUUUUUUCACCAAAUAGGCUUGUGGGCUCACGAAAAGUUCGGUUUAAAGUGCAAUUUCUCAUUGCACCGUUGGCCAAUGAGGGGAAGGGAGGUUGCGUUGGAAUCGUGUGACCGAGAGGAACGCCAUAGAGUUGGAAUUUGCAAGAAAAAAGGUAUCUAAAGAAAUUUCAUUUUUUCACCAAAUAGGCUUGUGGGCUCACGAAAAGUUCGGUUUAAAGUGCAAUUUCUCAUUGCACCGAUGGCCAAUGAGGGGAAGGGAGGUUGCGUUGGAAUUGUGUGACCGUUAGGAACGCUAUAGAGUUGGAAUUCGCAAGAAAAAAGCACUCUAAGGAAAUUUCAUUUUUUCACCAAAUAGGCUUGUGGGCUCACGAAAAGUUCGGUUUAAAGUGCAAUUUCUCAUUGCACCGAUGGCCAAUGAGGGGAAGGGAGGUUGCGUUGGAAUCGUGUGACCAAGAGGAACGCCAUAGAGUUGGAAUUUGCAAGAAAAAAGGUCUCUAAAGAAAUUUCAUUUUUUCACCAAAUAGACUUGUGGGCUCACGAAAAGUUCGGUUUAAAGUGCAAUUUCUCAUUGUACCGAUGGCUAACGAGGGGAAGGGAGGUUGCGUUGGAAUCGUGUGACCGUAAGGAACGCCAUAGAGUUGGAAUUUUCAAGAAAAAAGGUCUCUAAAGAAAUUUCCUUUUUUCACCAUAUUGGCUUGUGGGCUCACGAAAAGUUCGGUUUAUAAUGCAAUUUCUCAUUGCAUCGAUGGCCAAUGAGGGGAAGGGAGGUUGCGUUGGAAUCGUGUGACCGAGAGGAACGCCUUAGAGUUGGAAUUUGCAAGAAAAAAGGUCUCUAAAG